AUGAACCAACAUACGAUGUCUUAUGGCUUAGUUCCACCGCAGUCCACUAAAAACCAUGACAUGCACAUCCUUCCUAUAACAAAAUUUGAAUUAGUGCAUGAUGGGUUUCUGACGUGUGGUAGAGAUGGUACUCUAGUGAAGCAUUUUUAUUUUGAUUAUCCUGAAGGCUACCCUAAACGAAUACGUAUGCAGAUACACAGUGAUUGGAUAAGUGGAAUGGUACGAGUAAACGACUACACCUUCUUAACAGUUAGCCAUGACUUUUCAGUUAGUCUUCUAAAACUGCAAGAGUUUAGUAAUAACUGGAGCAGUGUUAUAUUAGGUUAUCAUGAUGAUUAUGUGAAGUGUAUUGAGCUACUUCCGCAUGAGGAUGGCGUUCGCUUUGUUACAGCGGGUUUGGACAAGAAAGUAAAGUUUUGGUCAUUACUAGAGAAUUCAGCAUCAUUAUUAUUUGAAUAUGAUAACUCUCAACCUCACGAAACUGGAGCUGUAUAUGCGCUUUGCGCCCUUUCACCAUCUCAUGUUAUUAUUGGUGAUAACAAUGGUGAGCUAAAAAUAAUUUCUGCUGUGACUGGAGAGCUGUUGUAUAAAUUGACAGAUAGUCAUGCAAGUAAUAUACGUCUUGCAAAGGUUCUACAAGGUGGUAAGACUUUGAUUACGGCAAGUUCAGAUGGAUACGUUAAUAUAUGGGAUGUGAAUGCCCUUGUAUCAGGGCAAUUACAGUACGCAUUGCUAAGUCAAUGGCGACGAGAUUGCUCUGUAUGGUGUGUGUUAGAUGGUCUAAAUGAGAAUGAGAUCCUUUUAGGGGAUUCAAAAGGUCGUAUUACAUCGAUUAUAAGGAAAGAUGAUUACUGGCAACAAUGUUCAGAAAUAGACCUGUUAGUAAACGCGCGUGAAAAUUCAUGCGGUAUACUAUCGAUGGUCUUUACAGAUGAAAAUAAGGAUAAACUUUGGUUUUCUUAUUCCAGUGAUUCAAACCUAUAUCUACUAUCUCUAAAAGAUAGCACUAAUACUCUACAAUGCGUAGAAGGAGGGUCUGCAUUGGUAAAAAGCAGUUUGUUGACGAAUCGACGCAAUGUGAUUACACUUAAUACUGCAGGCGAAGUACAGAAGUGGGACAUUGUAUCAUGUGAAUUAGUGGAUACCUUUGGACCCAAUGAUGGUAGUUUUGACGAUCUUGUCAAAAGUCACUGCACCAAGGAAAUAUUACCCCAUUGGUGUUCUGUGUCAAUAAAAACCGGGAAACUGUUUGUCAAGCUCAAUGAAAGGUUAAAUUCCACCGAAGUCUAUGGAACUGCGUUAAAAGGCUAUGAAAUAAUCAAUGGGGUUGAGGUGAACGACGACCAACGAUAUAACCUCGGUCGUCUUGCUAUCAACUCUAUCCUAUAUGAGUUCAUCAGGUAUGAAACUAAAAUUGAUAAGUUAAUACGUUCAGAUUUAGCGACUUCCAAAAAGCCUUCUUCGCUAAAUCUCCUAAACAUGGGUGACGAUCCGAGUAUCAAUAGAGAGCCUUCAAGUAGCAAUUUGAAAAAGGUAUCACUUUUUACAAAGAUGACAGGAGGCACUUCGAGCUCCGUCCCCACGCGAAGUGUUUCACCAAGUUCUGUGCCUAGUACGCCAUUUGCUACUGAUAUGUACCACUUUGAAAAUAGGACAGUGGAUCAAUCAGAUUUGCUUUUAAUGCCAAAACCUACCACAGCAACUCAGGGUUUUCGAGUAUGUUCCCAAAGUGUACAGUCGUCCAGUAGGAUUCCAUCCACAGCGCCCGAGAUGGGAGACAAGGCUAAUCCAAGGAAUUAUCAUACUCUGCCAUGGGGCGAUACCAAAGCUUUCAAUCCUGUAGGACCUCCUUCGCAAGAUACAGCUGGAUCUUCCCUAUUUGUUUUGAAAAGCCUUCCCAGUACCCCUCCACCUGAAGGCAAUGGAUAUCUCCUUCCGUAUCCAACAGCUUGCAGCCACUUAGCGCACGAGAAUUCCAGCAGGGCAGCUGAGACAGCUCCAGGAAGUACUCCCAAGGAUAUUGAAUUUAUGUCUGAUUAUCUUGCGACUAUAGCAGACACGUACCGUCAUCAAGUAUCGACGAAGCAAUCCGGUUUUAAAAAGUUUGGUCGAAAAGCUCCUGAUUCGCAAUUUGUUCGCGAUGAAGAUGCGCCAGUUAUUAAGAUCAAGAAACCUUGUUUGUUCCUUGUAAAUUACUUGCGAGCAGGCUCGUGCGGCGAUACCGUGCUCUUUUCAACCGUGAUACCAGCUCCUGACUAUGACUGGAACUUUGAAGAUAUUGAAUGCGCUACAGAAAGCGAAGAUAUGGCCACAGAUGAUCCUGCGAAGCUUGAUCACAUUCAAAGGUACGCAUUAUUCCGAAAACUGGAACAGAACUUGCCAUACUGGCUUGCUAAACUACUUUUUCAAGAAGAAAUGACAGCGAAGAGCUACCCGAAGUUGAACUUUAUUGUAACCCCCUGGAGUGAUCAGUCUAGCUCUGAACCGACAGUAGGAAAAGAGGAAAAAUGUCGUCACUACACUCACAAUAUAUUUCGUAAAAAAGCAGCAGAUAUUCAUUCCUCAUUACCUAGUAUAGCUGACAACUGUGUCCGUCUUAACGCCCCUGAUAUGAUUAAAGUUAAGAAAAUAAAGCAAUUUGUUGUAGAGCGAUUCGAAUCUAAAACACCUGAAAUGAAAAACAGGGUAUCUGCCAGUGUAUGGCUUGAUCUACUAUGCAGAGACAGCGUUCUGGAUAACGAGAUGACAUUAGGCACCAUUAGGUCCCUUUAUUGGAAAUCCAAUAAUGACAUAGUUCUCUCAUAUAGACGCAAAGUAUGUGAUUCUCCAGACGAAUAA